AUGAUGUUGUUUUUCAUACUGAUCCUUUUCGCACCAAACGUCUUUGCUAAUGAACCCGCUUUUGUCCACACCCAAUAUGGAGACAUAUUGGGUUAUCAAACAAAUAUGUCUCGGGUCUUCUAUGGAAUUCCAUUUGCACAACCACCUGUGGAUGCAUUGAGAUGGCAAUCACCAGUACCUAUUACAAAAUGGGCCCCGAAAAUAAUCAAUGCUACUCGACCAGCACCUGUUUGUCCGCAACCUCCUUGUCCACCAUCAACAGAAUCAAUAAAAUGUCCUACGGUGUCUGCUAUGUCAGAAGAUUGCCUUUAUUUGAAUAUUUUCACACCAUUAACAAAUAACUUGUCGUCAGCAGCUCUUCUUCCAGUAAUGAUCUUUAUUCAUGGUGGUGAUUUCCAAUAUUUGUCUCCAUCAGAUCCGAUCUACGAAUCUGAGCGUCUAGUAAAUAGUACAAAUGUCAUCAUUGCAUUGAUGCAAUAUCGAUUAGGCAAGUAA